CCUGGACACGCGCCCGUUCUCAAGCCUUGAAAGAACACGUGGCACCGGCUUGGGAACUGUGUUGCAUGGUUGGUAAUCUACUCUGACCGGCAGGGGCUUUUGCGGACGACUGGUCGUCGUAGGUCACAAGAGUCUGGGGCCUUGGCAAGAUUUCCCGCCAAAGAGCGCACGAACAUUGGCGGGAACGAUCGACAGGGUCGCAAAGUCCCGAAGACGCUAGAGCAGUUCGCACCUAUUUCGAUUGUGAGUCGGGGCCAAGUAAGCACGUCGAAUCCUGAAGUCUCGAAAUCUGCCCACGAUAGUCGAUUGGAGAGGUGCUGGCAGAUGCAAAAAUGACGGAGGCUGUGGAUUGGUGACGUCAUCGUCUGGGUUCUUGAUCGCUCACUUUUUCACUCGGAUUACGACCCCGGACGAGGAAAUCAGGUCUCGGGUUUUAGGUGAUUGAUGGGUCUCGACAGUGUGUUCGGGAUUUGCAUGUUGAUCGUUAGCAGUCAACCGGGAAUUCAUGGACGGAAUAUGUUCGGGAACAGAGGACAGGAUCCUUUCAUAGUGACGGUCCCAAUCGAUCAAUUCGCCUCCUAAUAAAGGGACCCAAACUAUCAGGGUGGAGAUUUCGAAUGCCACUUAGUGAAAGGAAAUCAAGGCUCGGGUGGUGAGAAAUGCUCGACAGUAUUCGGCUUAGUGAUGGUGGAACUUAGGUCCAGUUUAGGAAAACAGAUCUCACAAUAGAACAGAUCGUUCUUGGUUUCUUGUGCCGAUCUAGCCCUUCAGCGCAGCUGCCCUUCAGCUUCAUUUGGAUCAUUCAUUGACGGUUCUAUCAAAUGCAGCUGGUGACCUUUGGUGGCCCUUGUUCUACCAUGAUGAUUAGAAGAAGCUUGGAAACCUGCACGUGCAUCCGUUUGUGUCGAACUGCCUUAUAACUUCCUAACUGAUUUUUUGGGGAUGUGAUUAUUGCUCUGUAUGUGAGGAGACGCGACGGCUUGACAUGAGGAGGUCUGGAGUUCGAGGAAAAGCUAAGGACUAGCUGUCGAGCCAAAACAAAGGGAACAGAGUGUCACCGGACAAUCAUGUCCACCAGGGAAAAGAAACACUGAAAGAGUAUUAUCUUUUUUGUGACCUUUGGAGAUCAGUGGAUUGAUGUAAAGGUGCUAUGGCCAGAAGGAAAACAAUUCCGCGGCGAAACCAACGUGACAACAGGCGUAAUGCAGGGGCAGCCCCAUCACCAGCAUCAGGUGGCCGAGCACCGCCAGGUAGGCGUAGGGCGAGACAGGGCACGGUCGCAUUGCGCGAGAUUCGUCAUUAUCAAAAGACAUUCGAACUGUUGUUAAGAGCCCUUCCAUUCGCCCGAUUGGUAAGGGAGAUUGGACAAAGUGUAUCGAAUAGAGUCACUCGUUGGACAGCUGAAGCCCUUGUAGCUCUUCAAGAAGCUGUAGAAGAUUACAUUGUCCAUCUGUUUGAGGAUACAAAUCUCUGUGCUAUACACGCUAAACGGGUGACAAUCAUGCCCAAGGAUUUGCACCUUGCAAGACGCAUUCGUGGUGUUAAUCAGUAGUAAGAUUAGAUUGUUCGGUAGCAAAUUAAUCGCCAGCUUUUGAUUCUGGUACUAGGUAGCGGUCUGGAAUUGAGACGAAUUGGACAUGCCUUAAAGGUAUGGGGGCAUCAGAUUUUCUUGUAAGCCUACUCAUUUCCGUUGUGUGCAGUCUUACUCACAGUUAGCAAUGCACACAUUCUGAAGACGUAUGUCACUCACGAAACCUAAAGAAUUACAUGGACCUCCACAGACGUCCAGUUCUUGCAACUUCCAGCGACACUUUCUAUAAUUGAAAGACCUUUUACACUGC